GCAUAGUUUCGAGUUGAAUAGACUUUAAAAUGCUCUAGAAUAAUGUGAAUAUUUAUUGGUUAUGAAUUCAGUAGCUUUCGGAAUUUGAAUAAAAAAGUUGAAAAAUUCUACGCGGUGAUUUGUGAUAGGUGAAUUUCCAACCGCACGUCCACUUACGAUUGGCUAAGACGGCAAGGUGGUGGAUAUUGCGUCUGUCAACACACCUUCAAUAAUUUGUCUGCUGUGAAAACUGCAAUCUUUUGGCAGAUUUUUACCGCUAAAAUAUUUAUUGAUUAGCAAACUUUUACUAAUUUUUCAGCAGAACUGAAAUUCUUUCGAGUACAUACUUGAAAAAAUAACUAUAGUUUAAGUAACGAUUUGCCAGAAGCGCUUAAGAAUAUGUUAAAGCCUGCCAGUAUCUUUUUUCUCCAUGCAACUUCACUUUUUAUCUUCUGCUCUUUCGGUUUUGCCGAAAGUAAAAAAUACUCGCCACCGUCGAAACUGAAAUCAGAAAAACUGCCACCCUGUGCAGCAUGCAAAGUUUUUACAGGGAGUCUCAAAAAGGAAAUCCAGAGAACGGAGAGAGGAAAGUUCGAGGGAGGCGACACCGCAUGGGAAGAGGACAAGCUGAAGAGCUACUCGAAGAGCGAAGUCCGACUGACAGAAAUUCAAGAGAAUCUUUGCAAAGGCGUGGAUAGAGGCGAAGAUCAAUGCUACACAUUGGCAGAAGAACUGGAGCAGAAUAUAGAAGAUUGGUGGUUCAACCAUCAAAGUGAACACCCCGACAUUUUCACUUACCUUUGUAUAGAAGUGACGCAGCGUUGUUGUCCAAAAGAUCAUUUUGGUUCGGCAUGCACACCUUGCGAGGGUUAUCCUGACAAUGUUUGCAGCAAUAAUGGAAAGUGCAAAGGUGCAGGAACGAGGAAAGGAAACGGCCAGUGUGCCUGUGAUCGAGGAUACACAGGCACGAAUUGUGGAGAGUGCGCUGCCGGCCAUUACGAAUCUUACAGAGACGAGAACAAAUUAUUGUGUUCAACUUGUCACACAGCCUGUGUAGGAAUCUGCAAAGGAGCAGGUCCUGCCGAUUGCCUAGAGAGUUGCAAAGAUGGCUGGCAGAUGAUGGGUGAAAGAGGAUGCGAAGACAUCAACGAAUGCCUAGAAAGCGACAAAUACUGUCCAGGAAAUCAGUUCUGCAUUAAUAAAGAAGGAAACCAUUCGUGUCUGCGAUGUGACAGGGCUUGCAAUGGCUGCACCGGGGAUGGCCCGGACAUGUGUAUCAAAUGUGCUGACGAAUAUGAGCUCAAGGACAAUAUCUGUAUAAAUCCAGACAUUCUCGGUCGUAAAAAUACAGAAAAUUGGGCUCGUUACCUCACGUACUUCGGUCUCCUCGUGGCGACAGGAAUUUUAAUAUGCCAACGAAAUAUUUACGCUGCGAGUGUGAUAGGAGUGAUGGUCGGUGUUUACAUAUCCGCUUCCGAAUACAUGAUAGCAAACACGAACGUCCAGAGUGCCACACCGAAUAUGGACAUUUUAGGGCCUGCCGAAUGAAUAGAAAAUAAAAAAAAAAAAACAAUCGAUUUAAUUAAGGAAAAAAUGGUUUUAUGUGCGUGACAACAGUCGAGUAUUUACAAUUAUCGAGUGAACGGAAUCUCUCGGUUUGAUCUUUUGCAUUUUUGUAUAAAUUUCGAUUACCAAAAAAAGAGUUAAAAACGAGAGAUUCGAAGUACGUUUUCUCCACAAAUUUCCAAUGUAAAAUAUGUAAAUUGGUUAGGACGCAGAGACGCCACAAUGAAGAGGUAUUUUUGGUUAUGUCUCGGGGACUGAAUGUUUAAUUAUAAUUAUUAUUAAACCUGUACUUGAAUUUUCCAUCAAGAAAAAUCUGUGUUCAUUUUUUAAGUACAAAAAAUGGUGAGUUUGUCAUUAAAUUCAGGAAAAAUGUCAUUUUUGUAAAUUUUCCUCGAUCGAUCGAACCGCCAAUCGUUUUCCACUGGGAUUGAAUUCUCGUCGAAACUUCCAAAUAGUGAAAUAACGAAUGGAAUAUUUCAUUUAGUUCCUCAAUAGAAAUGUAUUUUCUAGUCCACGUAUUUGAGUUAAUCAGGAUUAAAAUGGAUGAAGAUCGGAUGCCAGAGAAA